AAACAACCAAUAAAACCAGGCAGUUUGGGUUGAGAAAAAAAUCCUCUCAUUUUUUACAAUUAACUGUCAAUCGAUAUUAUGUUAAAUCGGUUUGAUUUUGUUUGUUUUGUUUUGACUUACCGGCUCAACUAGGAUUGAUUAUAAAUCACGAUUAUUUACUCUAUCAAAUUGGUGGCAAAUAUUCAUUCCGAGUGUUUAAUUCAUAAUUGUCGUUGUUCUCUUAUGUGAUAUCUCUUCCAACUUAUCGUGGAAAUGGGUUCUAAAGUUUCUCGAGACAAUUUUGAAUGGGUUGGAGGUGAUGAACCUCAUGCGACACGUCGUAAGCUUAUCCUGGCUAAGCAUCCAGAGAUAAAAAGUUUAAUGAAAGUUGAUCCCAACUUCAAAUGGAUCGUGUUAUCGCUUGUCAUCUUUCAAAUAAUUACUGUGAUACUUUUAAGGAACGUUACCUCUUGGUUUAUUUUAUUCCCCAUCUGUUAUUUCAUUACGGGAACUGUAAAUCACGCAUUAAUGCUCGCUGUUCACGAGAUCGCCCAUGCUCAAGCAUUUGGUCCUAAUCGUGUUAUGGCUAAUCGUAUUUUUGGUAUGAUUGCCAACCUCCCUCUUGGUAUUCCAAUGUCUGUUUCGUUCAAAAAAUAUCAUUUGGAACAUCAUAGAUAUCAAGGUGAUGAUAUUUUAGACACCGAUAUACCUUCGAAGUUUGAGACGCAAUUCUUCACAACAACAUUUCUAAAGCUCAUAUGGGUCACUCUUCAGCCUUUCUUUUACACUAUCAGACCAUUAUUUGUCCAUCCUAAACCACCAACCAUCCACGAGUUAACAAAUCUAGUUGUUCAAUUAACUUUUGAUAUAAUCAUAGGAUUGACAUGUGGAUGGCAUUUAGUUUUUUACCUUAUUCUUGCUAAUAUUAUUGCGAUGGGUCUUCAUCCAGUUGCUGGACAUUUUAUCUCUGAACAUUAUAUCAUGUUUGAUAAAGAGAAUAUCCAGACAAAUGAAACAAGUGUUACUCAACAUGACGGAAAAUUCUUAAUCCCAGAAACAUGCUCAUACUACGGUCCUCUCAACUAUCUCACUUUUAAUGUUGGAUAUCAUGUUGAACACCAUGAUUUCCCUUCUAUACCUGGAAGUAAAUUACCAUUAGUUCGAAAAAUAGCUCCAGAGUUUUACAACCAUCUUAACUAUCAUACUUCUUGGGUCAAAGUUAUUUGGAGAUAUAUUACCGAUCCAUCCGUCGGACCAUUUGCAAGAGUUAAACGACCACACAAAUUUGGAUCAAAAGAGGUCGAGACAAACGAUGAUUCAGUUCUUUUAAGCAAGGCUAAUGGUGUCAACAAAUCAGCCAAUGGUGUAAAAAAAGACUCUUGAUCUUUAUCAUCUCUUAAUUAUUAAAAAAUUAAAUCACUAGUCUUUAUCCGCAUAAU